AUGAAAGAAGAAUUAGAUAAAAUGAUAUUAGAACAUACAAAGAAAGUUGAUAAAAGAAGCAAGAUUGAAACCUUGAAAACAAACAUCAGUAAACCCGAGUUUUGGAAACCUUUAUGUAUAAUGCUAGUGUUUUUUGCAAUAACUCAACUCUCUGGGAUUAACGUCUUUUGUGCUUACACUACAGAGAUUAUGGAAGUUUUAUUAAGUAGUAAAACUAACACGUAUAUGGCCAUGUUGGGAAUAGAUAUAUUGCGAUGCGUGGCUUUGGUCACAGCCUGUAUCAUGCUAAGAAGAAAGGGCCGAAGACCUAUUGCGAUAUUUAGUGGAACCUUUACAUCAUUGUCCCUUAUAAUUUUAUCAAUUUAUUUAUACUUAGUGGAAAUUAAUGUUAUAAAACAAGUCACUCCCGUCAUAUCGUUAGGAUUAACAGCGGUGUAUAUUGUUGUUUCAAACAUAGGUAUAGCCCCCCUUCCUUGGAAUAUGGUCGGAGAAGUAUUUGCAUCGGACACAAAAGGCAUAGGUUCAGGUUUAAGUGUUAUGAUGACGUCAGUUUUUUUCUUUGGUACGGUGAAAACCGCGCCAGCAAUGUUUAAAAAUAUAGGACAUUACGGUACUUAUUUAUUUUAUGGAAUGUCAACAUUAAUAGGUACAAUAUUUUUGUAUUUCUGUCUUCCUGAAACAAAAGGAAAAACUUUAUUACAAAUAGAAGAACGCUUUAGGUCAGGCAAGAAAAGGAAGAUAGGAGAAAUGAUUGAUAUAACGUCCGCUUGA